GUUGGCAGCAGGGAACUCAACUGCUGGUACAUCAACCACGCACGAUGGUGAAGGUGCUAGUGGCAGGCGAUGUGAAAGGGAGUGUGGCGCAGCUGCUGGCGAAAGUCGCUCAGUAUAACAAGUCUAGAGCCGGGCCCUUCGACAUGGUGUUCGCAGUGGGCCCGCUCACCUCGCCGGACAGCGGGUGCGGAGACGAGGCGGCACUGUCCCCUGUCCUCGCCGGCGAAACGCCUCCCGCGGUACCCGUCUACUUUUUCGAGGCCGGGGGGUCGGAAAGUUUGUCCGCCAAGCUUGAGGAACACCCAUUCCAGCAGGUGGCGAGCAAUCUCUUUUACCUGGGGAGGGGGGGCAUCAAGACUGUGGGAAAACUCACGGUGGCGUUUUUGUCCACGAGCCACAAGCCCGACGGUGUAGAGGCGAAGGGCAUGGAGGUAGACCUGCCGGAGCGGUGCUUCCAGGAGCUCUCUGCGGGGGGCGUCGCGCCGGCGGCGGUGGGGAGCGAAGCCGUGGCCAAGCUGGCCGUGGCCGUGAAGCCUAGGUACCACUUCGCGGCAUCGGAAGGGGCGUUCUUCCAGCGACCUCCUUACAGGAACUACGGAAGCAGCGGGUGCAUGCACACAACCAGGUUCAUAUCCCUGGGGGAGCUAGCCGCAGGGUCUGCGGCGCCCAAGGACAAGACCAAGAAGUGGGUACACGCGCUCAACCUCGAGCCGAUCGCCUUCAUGAAGAAGGAAGACCUCUCCAAGAGGUCUGCAGACACCACCGACUGCCCGUACGUGGCGAGGAAGGCCUUGGGAGGAGGGGGGGGGGGGGGGGGCGGGAGAGCAAGAGGGCAACGGGCAGAGGUAGAGGGGAAGAGAAUUAAGCACGCGGUUAAGACCUCAUAG